GUUCGUUGACUACGCAACAACGUGACGAGCGAAGCAUUCGUGUCGAUUUCCACUCUUCUCGGGUCCAUCCAUCCAUCCGUCCAUCCCUCCAUCCAUGUGUACACCCCAACAGCAUCGGUCGGUCGGUCUGUUGGUCAGGCGAGUGCCGCUUUGGGUUUGUUGAAGAAUGGCUUGAGCGACCACUCCACCUCCACGUCGCGCAUGUCCACCGAACCCAACUCUAUCCGAUACAGACGCAUCACGAACCUGCACACACAAAAGAGCACAGAAACGUACGUAUCUCUUGCUCGGUUCGCACCCACCCAUCUCUCGCCCCAUCGACCCACCUCGGGCCCGCCUCAGUGAGCUGCAACUGCUCCUUCUGCUUCUCUUCUGCCCUCUCCUUCUUGCCCUUCGGCUGCCUCUCCUUCUUGCCCUUCGGCUGCCUCUCCUUCGCCUCGUCCUUGCCCGUCGCCGCCUGGCCUGCAUCCACUGCGCACACACACACACACACCAACAACAACAACAGCACACAUGGUACACGCCCUGUGUGUCUUCCUUCCCCGGUUGCGUGACUGACCGGCAGCAGCAGCAGCAGCAGCAGCAGCCUCUCCUCCGCCGGGCUUUGCCUUUGCCCACGUGUGGUGUCUGAAGUGGAUGAAGUCGCCCUGGUUGAUGAAGCUCAUGCACCGCUGGCCAAGCGGCGCCGCCGGCGGGAACAGGUGCUUCAGGAUCGUUUCGACGCGACGACCCAGCUUCGACUCGAACUGGUGGAAGAUCAAGUGCGGGGAGACCUGCAGACCAGACACACACCACAUCCCGAGGGAGGGAGAAGGGAUGGGAUGAGCGAGCGUCUCGUCUGCCGUCCACCCUCCGUGCUUCUCACACACACACUUCUGAGAUGUUUGGCGGCUUCUUGGGCAGGUCGUGCCGCAGGGCCACCUCAGACAGACCGAAGUAGGCCGUGGGGCCAUACGGCAGGUGGGAAACGAUCAGCCCAUCAGGCUCGCCUUCAGAACAAAGAUGCAUCCAAUGAAAGCCAACACGACCACAGACAAAAUUUUCCAGAUGGAUAGAUAUCACCUCCCUCCCUCCCUCCCUCCGACCCUCUGUGCGUGCGCACCUCUGUGCUCGUGAACAAUGACUAGAUCUGUGACGUCGUUUGUUUGGCAGAGUCGCACGAGGUCCUUGAGGAUGUAGGCACCGCGGUUGAUGCGCUGGGAGGUGGGGAACAGCAGCCGCAGCUCCUUGGCAAACUGCGCCAGCCGGCUAGACGGGUCGCGCGCCGUCGUUAUCAGCACCUUCGGGUCUUUCACUCCUGCAGGCCAGUCAGUCGGUCAAGACACACACACACCACACAGACAGAGGCAGCAACAGCCGAGAAAUGGGGCUCAGUCGUCCAUCGUGGCAUCGCGGUCUGGCAUCUCAUCUACCUCUACCUGCGUAGGCGUAUUCGUCGUCGAUCUGCGAGCGCAUCUGCAUGGUCCGGUCAUCGUCGAGGUCCAGCGUGGGCCUCAGCCGCUUGUCGGCGCCCCUGAGCUCGGUGGGAAUGCUCUUGCCGCCCUCGAGGGCGUCCUUGAGCUUCCGCUUGCGGUCGCUCACGGCGCGCUCCUUGUCCUCGAUGCUCUUGCGGUAGAGAUACUCCUUCCGCAGACGAACGUUCCGACGCAACAUGCUGACCGAUGAUGUCAGGAGGGGCAGAUUUCGGUCGAAUCAGGUGCAGGGAGAGCAAGCACAGAGAGGGAGGAGAGGCUGUGCGGAG